AUGCCGUCAGGUUCUCGAUACUUCUAUUGGUUUCUGUAUCGUCGUCGAAAUAGAUUUACGACAAUCCUCAUCGUUGUUUUUCUUCUCUUAUGUUUCAUUUAUCUAAAUCCGAAUUCGAAACCGUCUGAUCAAGAUAAACAAAAUCAGAGACCGAGAAGAAAUUUGAAUGAAAGGAAAAUACGAAUUAAUCGAGAAACUUAUACAACACCUGAACCUUGCCAUGGUUGUCCUGGUGAGAAUGGUGCCGGCGUCUCUUUAACAGCCAAUGAAUCCAAAGAUUUACAACAAGUUUUAGCGAAAGAAUUUUUUAAUUUACGAGCAAGUGACAAAAUUUCUUUGUGGAGAUCGAUACCAGAUAGUCGGGAUAGUGAAUGCCGAUCAGUUCAGUAUCCAAAAGAUCUGCCAAGUGCGUCCGUGGUAAUUGUUUUCAAGAAUGAACGUUGGUCCCCGGUACUUCGUACAGUCUACUCAGUUCUGAAUCGUUCACCUAAAGAAUUACUGAAAGAGGUCAUCCUAGUUGAUGAUCAAUCGGACAUCGAGGAAAUGGGUGCACCUCUGGAUGAGUAUUGUGAAGAACAUUUUGGAGAUCUGGUUCGAAUUCUACGCGCACCAACUCGACUUGGUUUGAUCAAAGCCAAAAAUUAUGGAGCAAAAAAUGCUACGGGUGAUGUGGUUGUUUUUCUUGAUGCACAUUGUGAAGCCAAUACUGGAUGGUUAGAGCCUCUUCUUGCUCGAAUCAAAGAAAAACGUUCAGCGAUUUUGUGUCCAAGCAUUGAUAUGAUCGGUGAACGUAAUAUGCAAUACAGUGGCACAGGCUUUGGAAGUAUUGGCGGCUUUUGGUGGUCAUUGCAUUUUAAUUGGAAACCAAUACCAAAAAGAACACUCGAAGCUCAAAAAUCAAGAAUUGAUCCUUAUCCAUCGCCAACAAUGGCCGGUGGCCUUUUAGCCUCACAUAGAGAAUAUUUCUUUGAAAUUGGUGGUUAUGAUGAAGAAAUGGAAGUUUGGGGAGGUGAAAAUUUAGAAUUAUCAUUCCGUGUUUGGAUGUGUGGUGGUAGUCUCGAAUUUGUACCGUGCUCUCGUGUUGGUCAUAUAUUUCGUCCAGGACACCCAUAUAACAUGACCGGUGUGAAAGGUAAAGGUGAUGUUCAUGGUCGAAACUCAAUGCGUUUAGCAGAAGUAUGGAUGGAUGAUUAUAAACGACUGUACUAUAUGCAUCGACGAGAACUAAUAGGUAAAGAUUUCGGUGAUGUUGAAGAUCGUCGAGCAAUUCGUAAGCGUUUGAAGUGUCAUUCGUUCAAAUGGUAUCUUGACAAUGUCUUUCCGGAAAAAUUUAUUCUUGAUGAGAAUGUUCUCGCUUAUGGAGAAGUGAGAAAUCCGUACACUAGUUUGUGUUUAGACACUUUGGGUAAAGAUGAAAAGGGAAGCAUUCCAUUAGCUGUUUAUUCUUGUCAGAAUGGUGCAUCAGCUAAUCAAUAUCUUUCUCUAACAAAAAAUCAUCAACUACGUCGAGAAGAUGCAUGUUCAGUUACAUUAGAUUCGUCAUCGAUUGUUCUAUCGGGUUGCGAUUUUGGCAAUCAACAACAAACAUGGACACACGAGAAAAAUGGAACACUCGUUCAUCAUCCUAGUAAACUUUGUCUCGAUGUGGAAGGUCUUUCGAAUAAUGAUCAAGUUAAGCUGAAACCAUGUGAAGCUGAUAAGCAAUCUCAAAAAUGGCUAUUUGAACACUAUGCUGCCUAA